AUGAUAAAAGUACAGUACAGAAGCCAAGAAGACAAGCAAAUAAGAAGACAAGAAGCACAAGAAGAUAAGAAGCACAAGAAGACAAGAAGCACAAGAAGACAAGAAAACAAAAAGCACAAGAAGCACAAGAAGCAAAAGAAGCACAAGAAGCACAAGAAGCACAAGAAACACAAGAAGUACAAGAAGCACAAGAAGCACAAGAAGCACAAGAAGCACAAGAAGCACAAGAAGCACAAGAAGCACAAGAAGCACAAGAAGCACAAGAAGCACAAGAAGCACAAGAAGCACAAGAAGCACAAGAAGCACAAGAAGCACAAGAAGCACAAGAAGCACAAGAAGCACAAGAAGCACAAGAAGCACAAGAAGCACAAGAAGCACAAGAAGCACAAGAAGCACAAGAAGCACAAGAAGCACAAGAAGCACAAGAAGCACAAGAAGCACAAGAAGCACAAGAAGCACAAGAAGCACAAGAAGCACAAGAAGCACAAGAAGCACAAGAAGCACAAGAAGCACAAGAAGCACAAGAAGCACAAGAAGCACAAGAAGCACAAGAAGCACAAGAAGCACAAGAAGCACAAGAAGCACAAGAAGCACAAGAAUCUUAUGAAUCACAAAACGGAUAAGAAGACAAGAAGCUAA